GGGUCUGAAUUAGAAAUGACUCAGACACAGCUUUUAAAGCUAGUAGAUUAUUAGUAAUUAUAUAUUAAAAUAAGUGAAUUGUCGGGUACCUAGGCACCCGUGGUGAGUGACUGUCACAGCGGAGUGAAGUGGUCCAACUCGUCAGUAAACUCUUUACUGUAACUCAAUAUAUACCACGUAUUUAAUACCAUGAUCACACCACACAACUAUCAUUCCUCCUUCAUUGCUCACGUUACAUUACCAUAUCUGGAAAGAUGAAUUAUUGUAUAUGCAAAUUGCUACAAUUCUAUUCAGUAGUCAAUUUUCAAUAAAGUGGAUGGCUGAACUGAAAGACAAUUUUUAUAGUAUCCUUCUCUUGCUUUUUAAAUUAAGGCCGACUAGUCGAGAUUUAAAUAAUAGCAAAAUCACUCUCUAAAAAACCACUUUUUACUACUUACUAAUUACCAUUAAUUCAUAAAUAAUGACUACGCCGUCUACGCGAGUCCGUGAAAUCUUCGCUUCAACUGUUCAACAUGAGUGGCAGACGAAUAAUUUUCAGCAUUAGCUCAACAGCAUCCGCAUGAAUUUCCGUCCUUCACUUGUUUUUCCUGAGUGUGAUAACACAACAAACCGAACCACCUGAAAUUUCCAAGGUUGCGUGAUAAUACAUGCCUGUUUGGCUGAUUAUUCAGCGUUUCUGAAUUGAAACUUCGAUUAAUUUCCACAAUGAGUGAAGCAGGUGAAGAAAUCAACGGAGAUUCCCUCAAAGAAAAUACACAGCCUUUACGCGAAGACCUGAUUUCCACUGCUGUAAAGUUUUUGCAAAACCCCCGUGUUGCAACUCGUCCCAGGUCAGAAAAAGAAUUGUUUUUGCAAAGAAAAGGAUUAAACCAUGCUGAAAUUUCUGCAGCAUUUGAGGCCUCUGGAAUGAAAGAAACCAAAUCAGAGGGAGGUGUAGGACAUUACUCUUCAGUUAAAGUAGCCCAACUGCAUGAAUAUAGUCGAUCAUUGGCACCAGUUGCAACAUCAAAAUGGAGUAUAAUCAGGGAUAUACUAAAUGCAUCAGUCCUUAUAGCAGGAGCUGCAUAUAGCCUUCAUUAUUUGUACAGGCGAUUCAUAGAGCCUUUUUUAUUUGGCCAUAAAAAGAAGAAGUCAUUGGCAGACACUGUUGAAGAAAUGAACAAGAACCUCACUUGUUUAGUCGGCGACGUUUCUGCUGCUGUACAGAAUCUAUCAGACACAGUUGCUACGCUUCGUUCAAAACAGCACGAACAAUCUGAAUUGAAGGAGUUAAAAGCUGAAGUGACAUCAUUGAAAGCCAUUUUGUUAGGAAGGCGACAGUUUCCUGCUCCUCCAGCAAUCGUGACUGGGCCUCCCUCUAUUCCCCCUUGGCAGUUAAGCUCAACUAGUGGAGCAAAACAAGAUCUACGUGCUGAACAAUCUAACAAGAACAAUCAAAGCGAUGGCAUUUCUCUGUCUUCAUCCCCAGAGAUCAUCUCCGUAGAGGACAUGCAAACAAAUUCUUCGUCGAUGGUGAAUGCUGGUUUGAGCUCGGUGUUACCAGCUCGUGGUCCGAGCGAGAGCAGUGAAUCCAAUAGUGCCGAAAUAGUUGAAAUGGGAGCUUCUGGCGCAUCUGGGGAAGAAGAUACAGAUUAAAUUGCCAAUUUUAACCAUAUUAUUAAUAUUAUGCCUGUUGCUUUUGUGUUGGAAAGAAAUGUGAAAUUUAAAUACUUUAGUUGAUGGCCUUCAAAAGAUGAGCAUCGGUGAUCGAGUUAAAAUUUCAAGCUGUAUAUCAACUAGUCCAUGUAUUGACUUUUACUUAUUUCGUCGGGUUCGGGGCAUUAAGAUAAAAAAUGGGAAAAGAA